GAGGGAGGUCACUGCUGGAAGAUUGGGGAGGUCACUUGAUUAAAAUAGCCUUUUUAAUCGAAGGUCCCCGGCCUGGGACUUCAGCUCACUCCGUUUCCAUUGUCCAUAAACUCUCCCUCACACAGGCCUUUGUCUUAAAUAGAAGCACAAAGUCAUAUCCUUUUAUAGUGUCCUUCUGUUGUUGGCGGUCUGGGUGGGAGGUGACACCUGUGGACAGGGGAUAAAGGGGCUUUAAUUGCCCACCUCUGCUGGCAGUUGCCAGGAUCCCCGUCUGCCGUCUCGGUGCUGAGAGCCUCCUGCUGCUGCUAUGGCCCCCAAAAAGAAGGAAGAGCCGAAACCAGCCGCCGCGCCGCCGCCCAAACCCCCAGAGCCCGAGCGCCCCAAGACCCCCGAGUUUGACCCGGCAUCAGUGACGCUGGAAUUUACCCCGGAACAACUGGAGGACUUCAAAGAUGCUUUCCAGCUGUUUGACCGAACACCAACCAGCGAGAUGAAGAUCACGUACGCCCAGUGUGGAGACCUAAUUAGGGCUUUGGGCCAGAACCCGACCAACGCGGAAAUCAUGCAUGUCCUUGGAAAGCCCAAAGCUGAAGGUUGGUUACAAAAGGAGCAAAAAAAAAUAAGAAGAAAAAGUCAACGAAUUGCUGCAAACCUUAUGAUCAAAUGUGAUCAUUUUUUUAAAUUCUUUUGAUCCACUCAAUUCAGUUUUGAGUUUAC